AUGUCAAACACUUCACGAUUACAAGUGGCUCAGCCAAAACCUGGUGCCAACUCACAUGGCGACAACCAAAGCAACCCAUUUGAUACUCCCUUUGAUGAGCUGGAUUGGGAUGAAAAAUCUCUUGAUGAGAACGGCCGUGAUACGAAUUUCCCAGACGACAAAUCAGAUGUAUCUCGCAUGACACAAUGGCCGACAUUUUCUAACUUACCCGCACCGCCGAUGCCACAGAAGCCCCAAAUGAAGACCCGAAAGUCAGUAAAGCGGUCCUCAGUAAUCAAACCUACGAGGGAAAAGUCAAGACAGCGUCAAAAGAAACAGAACCAGAUGGCCGGUAUAAAGCUCAACACGGACGUCGCACGCCAUCGAGCUCUCACUCCGGCAGUUCCACAACCAAAAACAAAUGCGGCUGGUCCGUUACCUACGGCGGAUGCUGGUCGGUUUGUGGAUCUGGCUGCUCUUCAAUCUCUUGAGAGUCAAGCGGCUCCUCCAAAUCAUGGGGGAUUUUGGAAGAAUCUCCUUGGCAAUGCACCAAAUCCUCCAGCAACAGUGCAACAAACCCCCAAUCAGCAGGGCAGUUCUGACGAUGACGCCACGGCAAAGGCUGAUCCGAUUCCUGGAUUUGCCAACCGCAGGGCAAAGGACUUAAAGCCUUCUUCUCUGACUAUGGAAGGAGACCUAUCCCCGAAUGAUAGGCCCAUAGUUAUUGGAAUAUCGAUACCUUCAGCCCCCCUGAAACAACAUAUCACAAGCCCACAGACUGCUGGCUCGGAUACUUCGAACAUUCUAAAUUGCUACGAAUCACAAACCCCCAGAGAAUACGCUCCAGAAACACCAGUCAUCGUUAUCACACCAGCCGAGGUGUCAUAUUGGUCACCAAUCAGUGCAAACACAGUGACGCCACAGCCGAGGAGAAUUGCAUCAAGUGUGUACUCACGACCCGCCAGUUAUUCUCAUACCUCAAACCAGCAAGAAGAAAUCCCCCCCAUGCCUCAAAUAUCGCAAUCUAUUCUAAAUGGCCAGAAAGCUGGAAGGGAAUCAGUCGGUACUAUUUUCGCUGAAGACGAAGAUGAUGACGAGGUUCUUUCUGCUCGGCCCAAAAAGCUCAGAAUAGGGACGGGUGCUAUUUUGGAAGAGGAUAAGCAACAGAUCUUGACAAGGAAAAAUCGGUCCGGAUCUGAUGGUAGUGAGAAGAGGCCCAAGAGCAUGCUUUCACCGAAUGACCGAAGGAGGUCGACUGGCUGGUGGAAUACCAUUCUCUCACCGUUUCUGACUCGAUCCAACACGGUAAACUUCCCACAAACUGCGAGACAAGGAGAAAGCCCUACAGGUCCAGAUAGCGCGACACCUGAUACAAAAAGUGGCCACCGCGAGUUCCGCUUUUGGGAGAAGGCCCUUUCACCAAAAUCACCUUUGUCUUCAACGACCAUCGCGUCCGAUGACUGGUGGGACAAUCGAAAUACUAUUGAUGGAACCCCCAAGUGGGAUGGAACAGAUUCAAAAUUCAAGGAUGGGAUUUACACCUAUAAAGCAGAAGAGUCAUACGGGACACUUCCAUUGGCGCUCUCACGCAGCACUCGGGCCGCAGCAACUGCGAAUCGCCCACAGCAAAAUCUGGAUGUGGACCCCAACACUGGAACGUGUGAGCUUCAAAGAGAUCAGUCCUUAGCAGUGCGGUCAGACCGAAGCUCGAUUCUCAGUCCUGCUGAUAGAGAAGCUCCGUUCAUGCUCGAUGACCCAUCAGUAACGUCUGUGGAUCGUUCAGCUGCGUCUGCAAGUACUGGCAAUCAACAAACUGCUCCCCAAGGCCCAAGCGCCGCGCCGCCAGCCAUGAACACCACAUCCACGGCGACGCAGUCCCAAGCUAGCCAGGAGAAUGCCCCAAAGGUUGUCACUCCUGCAGCUCCACCGCCAUACUCUCCACCACGACCAAAAUAUGCGGCUGUCUACCCACCUCGCCAUAGUUCGUCUGCCCAGCAACCUCAGUCUCCUGGGCCACUCUCCCCUGGCCUGCAACAAGCAAUGACAUCGACCGGCGCUAUUGCACUGACGGAUGUCCCAUUGACCCCAGCUACACGAAGAGUCAUCAACCUAAAUUCAGGUUAUCCGACUUUGCCACCGCCAAGGGUCAGCCGAGCAGUAAAUCCAGUUGACCUCCAGAUAGCGUCAGAAAAGGCACGUAAAAUUGAUGCGAAACGUCGGAGGCAUGAGCAAGAAGAGGUUGUAGCCCAUAAAGCUGGUGGACUCUGGCGCGGACGGGGAUGCAUUUCCAACAGAGGCUGCUAUGGAAGAACCGGUCCAGAGGGUCGAAAACGAAGGAGAUGCUGGCUUGGUGUAGUUUGUGCGCUGAUUGGAUUGACGAUAUUAAUCGUCACCCUUGCGACUCAGCUGCACAGAUCCACUCCAAAUGUUGAGGUUCCGUCGCAGUGGGUUAACCUGACAAUCUUUCCACCAAUAUACACCGGUGUGUCAAUGGUAUCGUCUACCGCAAACAAUGUGGCGAACACAGGCUGCGUAUACCCGAAGACUGUCUGGAGCUGUGCUCUUCCAAAAGAACUUCAGGCGUCGGUUGCCCCGAACAAGCCAGAGCAGCCAAAACUGAAGCUUCUUAUCCAGUGGGAUAACAGCAGUGCUGCAAACGCAACUUGGGGCGGCCCAACUGGGGCACCAGUUCGCAGGUCUGCUGGCAACGCAGUCAACGCCAGUCAGUUCUUGAAGCGUCUGGCGCUGAAGGCUAGGCAAGCAAUCAUGUUCUCACCCUCACCUGCAGCACCUACCAUUGCAGAGCAAGGUUUCCUGGGCAAUACCACGGACGGAAUUGUAUCCGACAACAAAUCCGGGGAGCGAACACCAUUCUACAUCACCUUCCUCAAUCCCCAAGCAGCCGCCAAAGCGUCGACAAAACUGUCAACAAGACAGGAAAAACAAAAUGCGACCAGCCAAUUCCCCGACUUCGGCAAAUCGAUCCCUGCCCCAGAGCUGAACGCCGACGGCACGGCCGCACCCGCAAACCUCCUUCCAACACCCGAGCAGCAGCCUCUCCGGCUCUUCGACCGUGGGAUGCCUACCGAACACUACGGGUUCUACAGCUACUUCAACCGCUCCAUCUUCCUCAAGUCAACUGCCUUGCUCAAUGAAACGAACUUGGGCGAUGGCGAAGUGCCUGAUGAUCUCGACGGCGGCUGCGCAGAAUCCGAGGCACGCUUUCGGUGUACAUGGUCACAGACCCGGUUUCUAGUACAGAUGUGGACAAGAAAGGAUGCCAGAAGCGCUGUGCUUCUCAACUCGACGACUGCAUCUAGCAGCAGCAGCGGGACCGUCACCACCACGAUUCUAGGGCAGGAUAGCUCGGCGUUCCCAUACCCAAUUACUAUUACGACUGACAGGCACGGUGGCGAUCCGACGAAGAAGGGGGUGUACUGUUAUGAGAUUGAUGAGAGGGAGAAGGUGGUGGCGGGGAGUGGGAAGGUUAGGCCGGAGUUUAGGGCUUUUGGAGGGACGUUGGUGAAUCAGGCGCCGAAUGCGUUUGAUACCAGUAGUAAUGCGGCGCUUGGAGGGUUUGAUGGGGGGAAUUCGGGGUGUAGUUGUACGUGGGCGAAUUGGCAUCCGGCUACUUGA